AUGAAGUUGAUUGGAUCUGUCGUGUUUUUGAGUGCCGUGGCUCUCGCCCAUCCAAGUGGCCUUUGGUGGGGUACCGACUUCUGCUAUCCGAGUCCAGAAAAUACCGACAACCAUUGUUCCACGGCUCAAGAGUCUGGUUUUGACUGGUCUGAACUGGGCAAUGGAGAUAACUGGAGUUAUGAAGGCUUCAGCUUUGAUGGGUUUGCACCCAAGGAUGGCUGCCGCGCCUCAGGAGGCAAAUGUAUCGAGGGAGUCUUCUCCCGGGAAGAUAACUGGGAGUUGCAAAUCGACGCUGAGCAGGCACCGUUCUCCGUUCGAAAGUUCCACAUCACCACCUCACGCGAUGCUGAUAUCAUUAUGACCUAUCUUCUGGCAGAUGGCUCGACCUGCCGCCAGAUAGCCUCAACCUCUCCCAUGGGAAGCGACGUCGUGAAUGAGCAGUGUGGUGAUGCAGUUUCAGUGAAGUUUCAACUCUCUGUGCUGGAUCAAGUUGGCGAAGUUGAUCUGGAACUGCAUCAGAUGGGCUUUGACUGUUCGUCUGGACCUAAGCCUGCAGGGCCGCUCGUUGCUCCUCCGUCUCCUUCGACAUCCGCUGUGUUUAUACCGACAGCUCCAGUUGAAUCGCACAAGCCUUCCACCAGUGUUGUGAAAGUGUCUACUUCCACUCAUGAGCCCCCUGUGGUGACAGCUCCGAUCAUUUGGACUACCCGUGUUGUCACUGUGACUCGUUGCCCAGAUUCGGUGACUGAUUGUCCUGACCAUGCCACCGUUACUGCCUCCACGCCUUGGCACACGACGGUUACUGAGCCCGUCAAGCAGCCCCCGCAAACCACUGUCCCACUGCCCUGCUUGAAUACCUGGCUCUCUGUUCCCAAGUGUACAUCCAACAGUGAUGCCGCGUGCUUCUGCCCCUCCUCUGAGUUUACCGACAAGUUUAACUCCUGCGUUCAUGCCUGGAGCAGCUCCCAACAGGAAACCGAUUCCGCACUUGCCUAUUUCGCCGGAAUUUGCGCCCCUUACGUUCCCAAGAAUCCUGCUAUUAUCAGUAUUGUUCCAACCACCACACCGUCAAGCAGUGUGCCUGCCCAGCAUGUAACCGGUGCACCUUCGCCUACUGGACAUAUCGUCCCAAUGACAUCGGCACCUGAGCCUCCUUGCACGACUCUUUCCUGGUCUUCUCACACCGUGACUGUCCCACAGGUGGGCUUCAGUACCCACACGGAUGCAUCCACCACCGUUGUCAGCCUGGUGACUGGUAACCCAGACACGAAAUCCUCCACUUCGCCCCAUGGACACACUACCUGUACAUCAACUUUCACGAAAGCGAAAUCGACCACUGUUACUACGCUCCCAAUUUCUCCACCCAAGCCCACAUCUACUGUCGUCCUCUCCAAUGUCGGCUCCAAAGCUGUCUCGGGCAGUCUGUGGGCCCUCGGGCUGGCCAUCUUGGUUCUUCCUUUACAAUAG